CAUGGGCAUACUCACACAUACUCUCUCUCUCUCUCUCUAAUACCAAAAAGUAAAGACAUGACAACCUCUCUCUAGCAUUUUCUCUGCUACCUUGGAAAGUGCAAAGAGAGAGAAAGGCCGAAAAAGUUUAUUCUAGAGAGAGAGAAAGUGAAAGAUUGCGACUUUGAUGAUUGUUGAGCGUGGAGGGAGUGGUGCAGCGGAGAAAAAAUGGAGAGGGAGACAAUAGCGAAAGCAUUUCUUGAAUACAAAGCUCCCUCUUUCUCUUUGAGGCAGGCAUCAGUAUCAAUCCAAAACCAAACUGUCACGUAUUCUCCUUCUCCUUCUUCUACCAAAAACAUUGCAAAGCUUUCAGCUUUCUAUCACACCUCCGCGUCUACUUUUUCUCAGUCUUUAUUGCCUGCCCAUAUGACACAAUUUUUAUUUUCCACUCAAAAUUAUAAUCGGUAGGUGGGUGCCAGAUAAGAAUUUUAUACCCCUCUCCUUUUAGUUGUCGAAAGAUAGUUACCCCCUCAGGGAGAGACGACAAAAGAAAUUUUUUUCUUGAUCUGGAUUUUCUUUGUUUAUUGCUGAAUUGGACAGAAUUGACUGGCUGCUCUGAGGUUUUAAUAGAAUUCGAGGAAUCUUGACUUGGAUGUCGAUGGAGAGAUUGGCUUUGUGGUUUUCACUGUGAAUUGGAGAGAAUUGAGGUUCCAUGUUGGUGUUUCAAGGAUUGGAGAUAUGACUUUGAAGGGGAUAAGUCAUGGAGCUCUUGAUCAGUUAAUGGAUAAUUGGCCGUUGUGGAGCUGAGUCUUUUUGCAUACUUCAAGGCAAGCUUGCUUGGAUUUAGAUAAUCUUUUUUUUCCCGAGUAAAAGUUUGAAGGUGAAUUCUUGAGCUGUGAUCCACCUCGCGUGCUUUUUAUGUGAUUGGUCAUUUCGUUUAAGGAAAGACCAAAGUUUGAGACUUCAGGCGCUGGUUAAGGACUUGAUACCUUGUCAAGCGAAGAAAGUUUUAACAAGCUUAAACUUGACUCUUCUGGAAGCCUUUUGAGCUGUUGAAAUUAGAAUUUUUGUCCGUUAUAUUCUGGCUGUUUACACGGUAUCUGGCUGCAUUGUUGUUCUUCUUGGCUUUAUCGAAUCUUAGAUAUCAAGUAGCAAUUCCUGUGAGCAAAUUUGGAUUACAGUCAAAGAACUAGCCAUUCACCAUGGCAAAAAAAUCACAGAGGCACCCUGUACGAUAUGAAAGAGAACAAUCAGGCUGCAUGUGGGGUUUAAUUACUAUGUUUGACUUCCGCCAUGGUCGUUCAACGCAGAAGCUAAUUUCAGAUAGGAGGCGGGGGACCAGGCAUGCUGUUGGUACUGGAACUCCGAAGAAUAAGGUUGACAAUCUUAGUGAAAAUUGUCAAGGCAUGAUCGAUGGUGAGGAGAGCAGAAAAGUAACAGAUGAUACCAGUAAGCUGAGUGUGAAAAAGCUCAUUGAAGAAGAAAUGUUCGGUGAGCAAGACAUAAAGAAGGAAAUAAACAAUCCUGGAGUAGAACCAAAACAGUCUAAUUCAGAAAAUGGAGACCACAGAAGAAGAAAAAGUCGUACAAAAAGUUUUGAUAUACACAUAGAGGAUCAUAAUGUUUCUGAAAGCUUGGAAUCUGAACGGCCUUGCCUUCAUAAUUUAGAGAAGCAAACUACAUGUAGUCUUGACAUAGGUGAAAUAAUGGAAGACUUCUGCCGCCAGAUCCAUCAGAAAAGCUUUGGUAAUGUAGAGCGUGACCAGCUUGAUGAAGUUCACCAUCAGCUGAACCAGAAGAAUCCUGAAUUUGAAGAGAAAUUGAGUGAGGCAAUAAAACUCAUAAAUGAGAAACUUAUUAACUGGAAACACGUUGCUGAAGAUGGGGAAUUCCACCCAUCCAAAGAACUGAGGGAUGCACUUCAGAUUCUAGUUUCUGAUGAGGAAUUGUUUCCAAAACUCUUACAAGGUCCAAAGUCCAUAAUGGUGAAGCAUGUUCAAAGCUUGUGGAAUGCUCAGGUAGAGAAAGAUGAAGAGUCCAAGUCACUUCCAGGAUUGAACUCUUCGGAACAGGGGCUUCAUGGCUUCAGACAUUCUGAUGAGGCUAUCCAUGGUAAGCAGCACAAAUUUUUCAGAAGAAAGACCAAAUCUCUGGAAAAGAACCCAUCAAAGGAAAACAAGGCAUCUCAAGCUUCAAAUAGAAUUGUUAUAUUAAAGCCUGGCCCGACAAGCUUGCUACCACCUAAAAAUGAAAGCAUCAUUGGCUCGUCGCGAAAAUCUCAAUUCACCAUUGGAGAUAAGGUUCCGAAUGAGAGAUUUGGUUCCAACUUUUCUCUGACUGAAAUUAGAAGAAAGUUGAAAAAUGCAAUGGGAAAGGAAAGGCAGGAUACCUCUACUGAUGGGACUUCAAAGAAAUUUGCUAACAAACAACAGGCUGUGGGAAAUAGUGAGAAAGGAUCCAAGGAGAACCUUGGAAGGAGUUCUCCAAGUAAAGACCACUUCUUUAUUGAAAAAAUUGCUAGACCUCCCGUGGUUGGCAAAAUGAGAGAGAAGACUGGCAAGUUGAAAGAAUAUGAAAUAAGCAUGGAAUGUGAGGCCGCUAUUUAUCCCAAGCAUAGGGCAUCUAACAUCUACAUUGAGGCCAAGAAACAUCUUUCUGAGAUGCUGAGUACUGGCCAGGGGGAUGUGGAUUUUUCAAGUGAACAGGUUCCAAAAACCCUCGGCAGGAUUCUCUCCCUUCCUGAGUACAGUUUGUCGCCUACUGGUAGUCCUGGAAAGGAUUGGGAGCAAGGCUUUCUGACAGCACAGAUGAGAUUUUCUGCCAAUGACAAAUUCCAGAAACACGAAGCCAAUGUCAGCCAUUUAGGUCGAAUAGCAUUAAACUCAGAGCCUCAGUCAUCUGUUUCCAAUGACAGCACCGAUUGUAUAGAACAAGCUUCUUCAAACCCAAAUGCAAGUGCCUCAAAUGAACUUCAUGAUAAGGAAGACAAAACCUUGUGCUCUGUUGGAGAUGAGAUGCCUUCUGAAGGUGAGGCAGAGGUUGUAAAGGAAACUGAAACUGCAAUUGAUGAAGAGAGUGAUGUCUUAGAUACUCUAUUUGAACCAAGUAAAUCUCCUCUUGAUGGAGAUGGCCGAAAUGGUGAUAUGUCUGAAGUUUGUGAUAAAAAGGAAAAUUCAGAAUGCUUGGAACAUGACUCUGAAGAACAACCCCCAACUUCUCCAUUAACAUCUCCAUCCACCUCUUCAAACACCAAAAAACUUGACUGUCUAGAGGGUCCUUCUGAGAUACCAGAGCGGCCUAGUCCUAUAUCUGUUCUUGAGCCUCUUUUCACGGAGGAAGAUGUCAGCCCAGCAAGCAGCAGAUUUGAACCUGUUGAACUAACAGUGCAACCCUCGAGAAUUCAAUUUGAAGAACAUGAAUCUUCAGCUGCAGAUCGAAUCCCUCUUAAAGCUUCUUUAGAUGACAAGGAAUCGGUAUUUGAGUAUGUAAAAGCAGUGGUUCAAGCUUCUGGCAUGAAGUGGGAUGAAUUUUAUAUGAGGUCACAUUCUUCAGAACAGCUUCUUGACCAAUCAAUAUUUUUUGAGGUAGAAUUCUUUUCCAACCAGCUUUGUUGUGACAAGAAGCUUCUCUUUGAUUCCAUCAACGAAGUUCUCAUGGAGGUAUAUGGGCGGUAUUUUGGUUGCUUCUCUGGGUUAUCAUUUGUACAAUCUAACAUCCGGCCUGUCCCAGACGUGAAAAAUGGCAUCUAUGAGGUUUGGGAAGGAGUCUCUUGGCAUCUCCUCCCAUUGCCAAUGCCUCAUACUUUGGAUCAACUUGUCAAGAAAGAUAUGGCUAAAACUGGAACGUGGAUGAACCUUCAAUAUGAUAUUGAAACUAUCCUUUUUGAAAUUGGUGAGGACAUUUUUGAAGAUUUGAUGGAAGAAAUCGUUUUUGGAGAUCUAAUGGAAGAAAAUUUAUUCAUCCAUGCAAACGAAAGUUUAGAGGGUGGAAAUCAGUUGAUUUCAGCUGAGUUGAAGGAAACUGAGAGCAGCAUGAGCUCCUAGAAGACAUUUUCAUGUAUUCAUUUCUUGAUCGACCUUGUGUCUGGAUGGGAAUGAUAGUGAGUCAUGGCUUGUGCAUCAGGAGGAUGAGCAGUAAUGCAAACAUGGAAGAGCCUUAUAUGGCUCCCUUGUUUGACUUGACAUGGCACUUCUUUAACUUCGCUAUUGAAAUCAUGUACAUAACACUACAGCUUGGAAGCUCGACUAAACACAAAUCAUGAAAUGAAUGAACAAGGAACCACACUACUUCAUGGGCAAAACUCACAAACCCAAUGUGCAAUUGUUUUCUGCUACUGUAUGAAGACUAGUUUUCACUUGCAGUUUUUGCAACAAGGGCCAGAUCAGUGCCCUGCACUCGUUGGGAAUAGUAGUGUUCCACAUUAUAGAAUUUGUAGAAAUUUGUGUCUUAUUUCUUAUAUUAGGCUGUGUGCAUUUUUCUUCUUCUGGGACUUGUUUCAUUUAUUCUUCUGUUGAGUUUGUGCUGAUGUUUUUUCUUUUGUAUUUACAAAGCCGGGGUUGAGUUGUGACCAUUUUAGUGGGGAGGGGAUUUGACAGUGAGUGUUGUAUGCCACAACAAGCUGUGGCUGUUGUGCUGUAAAACAAUAAUAAAUAAUACAGAGUACAUACUUGAUCUA